AUGUCGACCCAGAACUUCGUUGGUACCCAGCCCGUCGACAACCUCCCGCCCAGCGCGGCUUCGAAGAUCCCCGACUCCGAGCUCGACAAGCGCGAGGCUCAGCGCGACCCCGCUCAGGAGCCGGGUGCGAACAAGCGGGCCGGUGUUGCGUCUAGGGUCCCCGCAGAUUUCGAUACUACCGGACGGUCAGGAGGUCCCCACGGAGACCCGAAGCCAACAGCAGACCCUGUAGUCUGA